AGCCGCGGUGCGAGGCGGGAGGCGCAGGGCGGCCCCGGGGCUUUGCUUUGCCGCUUUUCCCGGGGAGGAAAGUUACUUUGCAGCUGCGGGGAGCCUCCCUCUUUCCCCGGCAAGGCGUUUGCACCGCAUCGCCCUCGCAGGAGCGGGGGGGAGCGUCUCCCGAGCCCUCCCCUGGCGCUGGGGCAGCCUCGCCCCGGGAGCCGGGCUCCGCAUUGCCCUGCGCCGGAGGGAGCCGCCCUGCUGCCGGGGCGCCCCGGGGGGAGCCAUGUCCCUGCGGCGGGUGGCGGAGCCGGAGCCGCCGCUGCAGCGCUGGCUGCCCACCCACGUCCAGGUGACCGUGCUGCAAGCCCGGGGCUUGCGGGCCAAGGGCGGCGGGAAGCCGGGCACCAGCGAUGCCUACACCAUCAUCCAGCUGGGCCGGGAGAAGUACAGCACCUCGGUGGCGGAGAAGAGCGCCGGCAGCCCGGCGUGGCAGGAGGAAUGCUCCUUCGAGCUGCCCCCGGGGGCGCUGGCGCUGGAGGAGCCGGCGGGCUGGGGAGGGGGCCCCCCCCGCGGCCAGGGGGGCUGCGCGCUGGUGCUCACCGUCAUGCACCGGGCGCUCAUCGGCCUGGACAAGUUCCUGGGCCAAGCCACCGUGCCCCUGCAGCCGGUCUUCAGGGAGAGCCGCUCCACGAAGAGCCAGUGGCACAAGCUACAUUCCAAGGCCGGGAAAAAGGAGAAGGAGCGAGGAGAGAUCCAGGUCACCAUCCAGUUUACCCGCAACAACCUGACGGCCAGCAUGUUCGACCUUUCCAUGAAGGACAAGCCCCGGUCGCCCUUCGGCAAGCUGAAGGACAAAAUGAAGGGGAAGAAGAAAUACGACUUGGAAUCUGCCUCUGCUAUCAUCCCCAGCAGCACAGGGGCCCUCGACAUGGAGGAGGACUACGAGCUAGGGCGCAAGAAAUCCAAGGGCAAGGGCGGUUUCUUCAAGAACAAGCUUCGCAAGUCCUCCCUGACCCAGUCCAACACCUCGCUGGGCUCCGACAGCACCACCUCCUCAGCCAGCGGUAGCCUGGCUAACAACUUUGGCAUAACCAUCAACGUUCCCGAGGUAACCAAAUCCCCGAGCAGACACAGCAGUCUGUCCACAGAGCACUCUGUGAAAGACUAUCUGCCUUCGCCAAAAUUAACCCACAAGAGAGCAUUCAGUGAUGAGAUCUCCCAGGUUAAUGUGGUAGCGGAGCCGAAAGCAAUCCAAAGCCUGAAGCCAAAGAAUGACCCUGUCUCCAGAUCCUCUCUCUGUGUCAAUGGAAGCCAUGUUUACAGUGAUGAACCUGCACCAAAGAGCCCGAUGUCUGGCCUACCGAGCUCCUCGCCGCUGUCCCUGCCUCUACAGAAUAUCGCCAGAAAGUCCGAGGAGGGUUUCCAUGCUGGCUUCCCUCCUCCUGACUCAGAAGACCUGCCAUGGGGAGCCAGCAGCUUUGAGAAGGGGCAGCAGAAAGAAGAGCCCAGAUUCCUUCCCUCUCCUCCCAGCUUAGCAGUACAAGAGGAGAACAAGGUCUCAACCAAAGCUGUAACCCUCAGCAACCACCUCGGCAGAGCCAAGUUGGAAGAAGGCAGCCGCUUAGAGACCAAACCCGUGCAGAUCGCAACGCCGAUGGUCUUCUCCAUGGAGGUGACGAAAGACAAACCCCUUGAGGAAACCAGAAAGGAAGACAAGAAGUCCAAGGUCAGCCUCUUCCACCACGGGGGGACCAAAAGUGAUGCAGUGAACAAGAGCUUGGGAGAGAACCUGGGAUCAUCCCUGACCGUAUCUCCACAAGUAACAGCUGCUGGAGACGAGAAGAGUAAGAGCAGCAGCUGGUUUGGAUCCAAGGACACCAAAGAACCUUCUCAGAAACCCAGUUUCCACUCUGGGUCGCAAGCUACCAAAGAGGUCGUUGGGCACCUUUGUUCCUCUGAGGAUUACAGUCCCUCUGCCUCCCUAGGAUUUAACAAACCACAGCAGGAGUCUUCAACCCAAAGCGCUGGCGCCCCUAUUCCAGAAGCCACUCCCACACCCCAAGGACUCCGCCCUCCUCGAGAACAGACUCCUGUUGCUCCUCCCAUCUUUGACUGGGAUGACACCUUUGAUGCCUUUGCAACGAGUAGACUCAAACCAGAAAUUCGGGAGGAAAGCCUCUUGGCUUCUGUAGUUAUGGAGGGCAUGGCCUACGUCGAUGAUCCAAGUCCAACAGAAAGCCCAGCUGAACUGGCUCAGGAAAACAAGACUGAGAUAGCUAAGGCUGAGCCACAAGCUGCUGAUGAAGUGUCUCUAGGCCCAGGGUCCUGGGCAGAUGUAACGCUCUUAAAAGGAAUGGAGGCAAACUUACUGAAGACAGCGCAAGAAGCUACGCUGAGAGAAGAUGGUGUGUUGGGUCAUUUGCCUUUAAGCUCUCUGUUGGAGAGUGAGAAAACUAGCGCCUCUCCACCUUGGUCAGCCUGGUCUGCAGUGGGAGCUUCGGGGAAGGAGGAGGAUGUAGCAGCAUUGACUACUCAAAAUAGUGCCAGAGCGAAAUGGGCCCCAGAAACGGUGCACGUAGAAAAAGCGACUGUAGCAUACAAUGAGGAGGAGCCCAGUAGUGCAGGGGAAGAUGAAUGGACGACCACAGGCACAGAAACAAUUGGCGGUCUAUCGGAAAGCGACCGAACCGUCGCCGAGAAGGAACACGAGGUUCAGGAGAGCAGGUUCAGGCCAUGUCCACCUUCCGAUGAGGGCAUCUUCGAAGAGGAAAGCAGCCCUGUGACUGCCCCAGGCUUAUUGACCAAAAGCAAUUUAGUCUUCGAGAAACCCAGUGAGGCACUUCCUGGGAAUAACACUGUCCUACCAUCGUUGGUGUCAAAAGCGGAAGCAGCGGAGAAGCCGCCAGCUGUAGUCGACAUCAGUGAUGGUCAGGAUUCUAGUAACACAGAGGGGAUGAUUGAUAUAAAGCCACCCGGAGGUGGGCUUCAGAUUAGUGCACAACUGGAGGCAGAUGAAGCCAGCAUGAAACUAGGUUCUGACUUUCACGAAAUACACGUCCCCUCCGCUGCAUGGACUGAGACCCCAGAGAGAGAGGAGGAGAACAGCGAGGCAGCUGGUUUGGAGAUGACCAUGGGGGCACCGCCGCCAAAGCCUCGGAGAUGGUUCACACCCGGGGAUUUCAGAGAGGAAGGUGAUGAGGCCAAUUUGGAGACACAGAGGAGCCAGCAAGACAACGAAUCUCAGCGUGAAAAUGAGGAGGGCCCAGAGGUGGAAAUUCACCCGCAAUAUACCCAUGUAAGCCGAGAGAACGGUUCCCCAGUGGCUGCCAGCCCGCCUGCGUUGGGAGCAGCGAUAAUUGAAGCAAAAGCGAGGUCUGUCCCUUCGGUCGCUGGAGAUGCUGAUUCCGCCACAGAGGACUGGGUGGCUAAUUUGAAGGCAAAAGCUAAUGAGUUCACAGAACGGGACACCUCUUCUGGGGAAAACCUGCUAGAGAUAAAUGAGGAGACUGGGGCUGAGCAGUUCGAGACUUGCCCUUCGAAAUUCUCACUAGACAGAUUAGGCCUGUCAGAUGCUGAAGACGACGCAAACAAAUUGGAAAUGGUAAAGCCAGGCUUCCCGCCCCAGUCACAAACGCUCACCGAGCGACGCUCCGGCGCCGGGUGGGGCUUGUCGGAGACUGCACCGGCGUUCCCAGAGAGGAACGAAAUACUCCCUGAAGAGCUGAUUCCUUCAAAGCCCGAUACUCCCAGAGAUCCGGAAUCCAGCCAAUCGGUGCUGUUCUGCAUGGCUGUGGAGGAGCAGCGGCCAGCUACGCACUACCCAAGCCCCAGCCCAGCCAACCAGCUUGAAAGGUCAGCUCUGCAAGAGCAUCCCUCACAGCCAAGGCCUAAAUCGGGGCAGGGAGAUAACCAGGGCCAUCCUAGCAAAGCACCAGCCCAGCCAGCUGAAUGGGAGCCUCAAACCCCAGAAGCAUUCGUGAGCCCGACCAGGGCGUCAGAGCAGGGUAGCGAUUCAGCUGACAGGCCCGAGCCAUUGUCGAGUCAGCGGUUUAGUUGGUCAGCAGAUCGAGGGAUAGACUUCAAAAAGGCUGACUUCUGGAGGCCAGUUAGCGGGGAGGAGGGCAGAGAGCAGGAUGACAUUUCAACCCUGGGCAACCCUUUCACCCCCAGAGUCAGCCCCUCUUCCCCAAACAAUCCCUUUGUGGAAAAGCCACCAGAUGUGCUCCCGAUUCUGGCCACGUCACCCGAAAUGCCAGGUCAGGGAGGCUUAAACUUCAAAGACCUUCAUGAGGAAGCUGCUCCGCAUGGCUUCCAGCCUGCUAACCUCCCAGGGGACCAGCUAGUCGAGCUUCCUUUCUUGCAUGGCAACCAGCCCUUGGCCUUCUCCACACCUUCCCUUGUGGCUGCGACUAACCCCCAGCAGUUCAAUUUCCCUUCCCCCAUCGUGUGCCCUACAACUGGUGGGGUGCCUGCGGUGACCAGCCGGGCAGCAGCCCAGUCCUCCUGCCCUUUGCUGCAGACCGGUGGCAUGAAAGUCUCAACGCUCACGGUUUUGCCCAAGGAGACACAGCCGGCUGAGAAGCCCUCUUUCCAUCAGACAAGCAGUCCUCAUCCAGUGAAGCCCAUAAGUGCUGCCGUGGCAGAGGUCUCCGGGGAGAAGAAGCAGCACAGGUCCACCCUGACCACUGCCCUGAGCAGCGGCCUGGAAAAGCUGAAGACCGUCACCACGAGUAGUGUCCAGCCAGUGACCCCUUCAUCGCAGCUGGAGAAAGUGGAGUCCAAGAAGCUAAAGGAUGCUGCUCUGCCGGACCAGUCUGCCAAGUAUUAUCACCUGACCCACGAUGAACUCAUCCAACUGCUGCUGCAGAGGGAGAAGGAGCUGAGCCGGAAGGAGGAGCACGUCCAUGAACUGGAGAACUACAUUGACCAGCUGCUGGUGCGCAUCAUGGAACGGUCUCCCACCCUCCUUCAGAUCCCCCUGGAAAAAAACACGACCAGCAAGUAACCUGUGCUCAGAGAUCUCCUUGGCGUCACUUGCCCACCGCACUCCUGGAAUAAACACGCCAAAGACACCUGAUUCUGCCCCUGCACACACUCUGUCCCCACCUCUUACAAGUAAAACCCAAGAGGGCUUUGGUGGCCCAUACAAAUUCGCAGCGAGUCUUUCAGUAACGACUAGCUGUAUCACCUAACAAAUGUGCUCUAGCUCCAGGAAACGACCGCAUCGGGGUAUAGAACACUGCAAUGCCCCGCCCAGGAGCUGGACUUCUCCCCCACGGCCUGGCAGCAUGGUUCAGGAACAUCUCCUGCCAAAGCCGUAAGGAGUCCAUGGAACUGGACGUCUGAGAAUUGGAAAUGUGCCAUCUAGCCCCUGACUUCAAGCUACCACCCCUGCCCGUGUUCCCAAAUGACCCUGGUCUAUCAGAAAUGGGGUGUCCUGGCUUGCUAGAAAGUUCUAUGAAUCGCUGCUGCUGCUGCCACAGCUGAGGAACCUUACGUGUGACACCGGAAAAUCACAAGUGUGUGGCUUUUCCCCGUGUUGCUGUGCAUGCCAGUGAGGCAAGGGGCGAGAGGGAGGUCUAGCUUCACCUCUCUUCUUGUAUUUCGAUGGGAACCGUUUCUUUGCCAGCCCAAAGGAAAGGGUUCCCCAUCCAAUUAGCAAGCUCCUCUCUGAGCACUAAGUCCCUGGCCGUAUGGGAGAUGAGACAAAAAGUGACACUGGUGAAAUCGGCUGAGCGUGACUAAGCAUGUGUCAGUGCUGGAGCACGAGCUGCGUUGGUAACUUUACUGCACGUUUGCCUCUGUGACAAAACCCACUCUUCCUUACCCAGCUCAGAACAGAACUUCAUCCCCGUGGCUUCCGGGGAAGGGACCUGUUGAUGUUCAUGCAGCCUCUGUCCCAUAGAACUUCCUUCUCAAAGCCACCCUACCCAUCACCGAUGUGUAUGCUGCAGGCACACACUGCGGACUCUUGUUGGCAUCAGUCAUGGCUGAUAUUUCUGCACAGUAUUAUCUCAUUAAACACCUCUAUCCGUGUUUACAGGGCAUGUUUGAAACCACCAUGGCCCUUGACACUACUUGCCUACUUCUUUGUAUUUAUCUUUUUGUUAAUGUGCCUGGAAGAUGCCGUAAGAAACAGAAGCUAGUGUGUGACUGCCCAGCCCUGUCUGCGUGCAUGACAGCCCAUUUAGCCAGACGCCAGACAGAUACAAUCUAUAAUAAACUAGCAAUUCACCACUCUAAAAUACCCCCAGGAUUAACAUUAUGCCUAGGGCCUAGAUGUUUCACUGGGCCAGCACUCUCAGGAGGUGUAUAUGUAGCGCUAGAUUUUGGGGCCUCAAUGAACAAGCUCCUCGUUGGCUGGUUGGUUUAGUAGCUGCAAGUGUGGUGGGGCCGAGGGCUUGACUAUGAGUGGUACACCUGGCCACAGUAGAAAACAGCAUAGUUGCUGGUUCUGAUGUGCACUUGGGCGGGGCCAGAAGUUGCUGUUGUCUUCCAUUUUGGUUUUUAGCUCUUGUCCGUUUCUUCUCUCUGUUCCAUCAAGGGGUUGGGUGGCGGGUCCUCUUGCAGGUGAAGAAGCGGCCGUGUUAUCCCAUCGAGACAGUGAGGACAGGGCCUGGCACCUAACUCGACUUGGACUUCAGUGUCCUCAGCCUGGCAAAGGGGCAUUGUUUCCACUGGAGCCCCUGGAGUUUUUGCUGGAGCUUUUAAGCCGUUUUCACAUUCUUUCACUGUUACCUGUUUAAAUGUAUUAAAAGCGACUUCGGAAAGUUGUGCCUUUUGUAAUAGAAUAAGGGCAGUUUCCUGCUAAAAUGGUUGAUUCUUUAAACCCAACCUGCAGUCCAAUGUAUUAUUGUCCUUACCUAGCCCAGCCUUGCAAAAUUCUACUUGCCCGCCAGGCUCAGGUAAGUUGGGGGUGGUUUUGUUUGGUUUUUAAAGCAGAUAAAACAGACCGUCCUGGGCAAAGGGUGGGCAAGUCGCUGUGUGUUCCGGGGGUGGAACACUUCUAUGCAAGGCGGGUGUAAUUGACGUUUUCUAUAGGGAUAGUAAUACGGGGUGUAUGUGCCAAGGCAAAGGGUGCCUGGGUAAAGCCAGUGCUAGAACCUGUUAGGGAGUCAUGCCCAAUGGAAGCGUGAGUCUGCCAGGGAGGAGAGAGCUAUUGGAACAGGAGGCAGCAUGGUGAUGGGAGGAGCGGUUUUAAAAGGGGAUCUGAUAUUACAGUAAUUGAGAAUUUCUGGCCACAUCCAGUCUGUAAAAUAUCAUAUAAGGAGGAGGAUCUUAGUCCCUUGAAAACACUGGCCAUGAGCAUUUUGGUCCUAUUUGCCUUUGUUUCUAAUAGGAAAGAAGUCCGGGGUUUGCAUUUAUCUGCCUGCAUUGUUGUUGUUUGUGUGCAUGUGUCUCGGGGAGGGUGGGGGUAUGUUUAUAUUGUACAGUUUAGGGUUUUAAGAAAUGUAUCCAGCUUUUUUUCUUCAUACAAGUUCAAGUACCAAGAACUUCUCUUUGCACGUACAAUCAAAAGGUUCCCCUGGAGUGAGAGCCAGGUCCCUUCCCUGGUUGUAUGCCUCUUGGAAAAGGUCUUCCUUUUAUUUGAGGAGGAGUUGCAUCCAGUGUGGUUUAAGCAGGCAAAAUUUGCAUAAAAACAAUUGUGCAACUAAACCUACCACACCAGAGCGUGGAAGGGAGGGCAUGAUCAAAGACAGGCUAGCUGGAACAUGGAGGCCUGUGUCAGAUGGAUAUUAUAAAGGAGGGAAGUCGGUAGUAUUUCAUCUCUAUGAGAAUAAAUGUGUCCAUACUGACUUUUCGGCAGCCUGUUUAUAAAAGAUGCCUGCCCCGUUCUGUCUGUACUCUGAAAUAUACCUGCUUCCUUGGGGUGGCACAACUCACCGAUGGGGGACUGCCAUCAUUUCACUGUUCUUCCAGUGUACCAUGCAGCAGAAACAUACGAGACCAGAUCAUGCUGCCUGGUACAAAACCGUUCCUCCUGUUGGCUUGAUCCCUGGACAGCCUCUAGAGCCAAUUAAUUGCUCUCUUGGAUAGUCUUUCUUGUAGGAUUUUGUUUCGUCUUCUCAUCCUGAGGACUGACUUAUUGUAGGUGCUUUCCACACCCACACAAGUGCCAAUGUUUUUAAAGAGCUCUCUGCACCCCUAUCCGCUGCUUCUUAAUCCUUUUGUUAUGAUUUAAUCACAUCUUUCUGCCUUAGUCGGUUUUCUGCCUUUUCAAAGCUUGAAUGUUUGGCACUUUAUCUAUUCAAGAUAACCUUGAAGAGCUGCAUCACAAAGAACUGUACCAGGACAAUGGACUUGUUUAACGGGAAACGUGUUUCCUUUCCUCCUCCCUCUGUAUGUCACUGCUGUGGGAUUGAACCCCAUAGACAAUCUUGCACCAAAAGAAUCCACUCAGUGAAAAGUUGUACGUAGCUGAAAACGCUGCCAAGCGGAUACAGUAGCUUUAAAAUGUCCAAGCCUUGAUUCUACACUAGCAGGGAUGCUCUGAGAAACCACUUGGGAGACUCAGCGUACCUGGUGGAGCAGGUACUGCAUGGGUAGCACGACAUCUGAGUUAACCAAAGUUAGAGUGUGAGGAGUAGGGCACAAACCUAAUGAUCGUCAUGGCUAAGAGGGUGUUGUCCCUCCCUCCCCUGUUUUGGGUGUCAUCGAAUUGACUGUUAGAAUGUUCAGAAGUCAGGCAUUUGCGAUUGAACUUGGCUAGGGAAAGGCAUCCUUGAGGAGAGGUGUCUUUGGUAAGUCCACUUACUGUUUUGUCCUCCAUUUCUCCACUGCCUUACAAAUCUUUCUCCCCAAGUGAUUAUGCGCCGCAUAACGGAGCAGAGAAUGUUAAAUAUGCCACAAGUGUCCAGAGAACUUUGUUAAAACCAGAUUGGCUAUUUAAUUAACUUCAUCUGGUACUAAAAAAAAAAUGUAUUGGAGAGGCUGAUGUGAAGAUUUUAAAAUGUAGAUGUCUUACAAAAAGGAGGCAGGGGAGAGCGGAGUACAUAGAAAUGUAUUUGUUCUAAAAACGAUUGAUGCUCCUGUCCUGUAUCCGUAUUUAAAGGAGGUGGUUGUGUAAAAACAAGGAGUUGAAAGUAUGUCAUUGUCCCUAUGUACCAAUCUAAUGCUGGAACCCUCUUGGUGAGGGUUCGUCACUGCAGGUGAGAUGACUAGUAUGUAUAGAUCACCUUCCGCUGUCAACAGUGUGGCUGUUUAUUCAGUUUGAAACAAAGCCAUUCCUGUAACUUUGUCUUUCAUCCCAGUAUAGUCGGCCUCUUCCCCACACAAACUGCUUUGCAGGGUUUUUCUGCAGAUGUGCAGCUGAUGGUGUUUAUGCCGUGCUUUGUUGUCAGCCCAUAGGGUCAGUAAACUUUAUUUUAAAAGGAAGCCCGUCAAGCGAUCUGUUUCUUUAUUUUCUCUUCCGGCCAGGGGUGAAGGGGGUACAGAAGAGAUGUCCAGUGAUGACCUUAAACUGGAACAAACCUGAAGGGAUAUGGAUACUGAAAGUGUCUUGUAAACCCAGUCUAUUUGAGUUGGAUGAUCUUGUUUGUAAAAAAACAACAACGGUAUGUUCUGUGCUAUAAACGUGUGUUGGAAAUGCACCCAAAAAACCAGGGUUCAGACUGUUCAAAUCUGGGGGGUAUGUUGAUUUCCCUAUUCUUCACAGAGUUGGAAAGUGUUCUGCUUAUGUUUCUUGAUUUAAUAGUUGCAACUAAUGUUUAUAAAGAGCUUGUUAUUUACGUUUUAAGCACUUUAAAAAAAAUAAAAAUUGUUCAAACUGUU